UUGGCCACGAUGCGUCUGAAAGUGCUGACUGCUUUGGCUCUUGUGUGGUGUUUGGGAAGCGCUUCAAGCAGCAGCAGCCGCAAAAAACGCUACCUCAUUUUUCCCACGAAUAGCGUUUUGACCCUUUCCGGGUGUCUUGCCAAGGGAGGCAUCAUCCUGCAGCCGCCCGCUUUCGUAUUCACCUUCGAUUUCGAUUUGCUCUUCCAACUGCCGAACACGACCAGAGUCUGGACCGGGCUCGGCCCAUACAAAACGCUUCGCAAGGAGAAGAGGGAUCUCUACAACGGACUGGAGGACAUUUUGGAAAGACAGGGUUUCAACGGAAGGGCGUGUGUUUUGAGGACGAUUUGCGAGGCGCGGCAAAUCCUCGGCGAAGGCGGCACUCUGAUGGAGGAUAUUUUGCACGCACUUUUUUCGUUGGAACCGAAGGACGACGACGGUUCGAACGAGGUGGACUCGGAGUUGAAAGAGCACGACGACGCACACACACUUGGCGUUUCCAGAUACGCGUGUCACCAACUUUACUCCGAAUGCCCUAUUUCGCUACUGCAUUAUGCACUUUGGUAAUACUGAAAUAAUUAAUUGAAAUACUAUUUUUAUAUAAAAUUAAAAU